CUUCGCUUCCCUUCUUGUCUCCUCUCUGAAGAGAGCUGUGCGUGCGUGAGCGACGGAGGAGAGUGAAGAUGGUGUCGCUGAAACUUCAGAAGCGGCUAGCCGCCAGCGUCCUCAAGUGCGGCAAAGGCAAGGUGUGGCUAGAUCCUAAUGAAGUCAACGAGAUCUCCAUGGCCAAUUCCCGGCAGAACAUAAGGAAGUUGGUCAAAGAUGGUUUUAUCAUCAGGAAACCCACCAAGAUUCAUUCACGGUCUCGUGCGCGAAGAAUGAAAGAGGCUAAGCGAAAGGGCCGGCAUUCUGGAUAUGGUAAACGUAAGGGUACAAGGGAGGCAAGGUUGCCCACCAAGAUACUAUGGAUGAGGAGGAUGCGAGUUCUUAGGCGCUUGCUCCGCAAGUACAGGGAAUCAAAGAAGAUUGACAAGCACAUGUAUCAUGACAUGUACAUGAAGGUGAAGGGUAAUGUUUUCAAGAACAAAAGAGUGCUGAUGGAGAGCAUCCACAAAUCCAAGGCUGAGAAAGCUAGGGAGAAGACGUUGUCUGACCAAUUUGAGGCUAAAAGGGCAAAGAAUAAGGCUAGCCAAGAAAGAAAGAUAGCCAGGAGAGAAGAACGUUUAGCCCAGGGACCAGGGGAGAAAGCACCACCACCGCCAGCAGCAUCUGCACCAGCUCAACCCGCUCCGGGAUCCAAGAAAUCCAAGAAAUGAGCAUCUUAUGUGAGGAUCCAUUAGUUCAUAUCUUCUGUCCUAGUUACUACAAUAGUUUAGGUCAUUUUGAUGCAGAAUGUGGAUGUUUUUUUUUUUUUUGGUUCUUUUGGUUUUCCGUGGAACCAUGCACCUUAAAUGUGGAAGAACAACGGCUUCAUCAUCUUUGAUAUUACUUUUUGUUUGUUUUAAGUUUCUAUUAAAUGGUUGGCUCGUUUCUUUA